AUGAUGACACACCAAAAGAUUUUCAAUUUUUUGAACUAAUUUAUUCUACUUAAUAAAUGGUAUUUGAAUACUACAUCUCAUUGUUUUUUUCAAUCGAAUUCUAAAGUUUCUGCACACAUUCAUAAAGCUGAUUUGAAAUUUGAAUAAUGUUCGACGAUUGAACCUUAUUAUAAUUAAUUAUAUAUAAAAUAUAUUAAGAAAUUUCAUUCAAGAUAUCAGAGGUGAAAGCAAUCAGCUAUCCAUAGAAUUCCGAAGCCCAUUUGUCGUCAAUUGAGACAAAAAUUGAAUUUAAAUAGAAGUACAAAUAUCCUCCUGACUAAUAGAGAUUUAAAAAUAAAAUUGUUUGAUUGCAAAAUACAAACAUAAACGUUGCCCUGA